AUGAAACAGAAUAAUUAUAAAGUAAAGGAGGGAUAUUCAGAGAAAAUCAAAUAACCACUAUAUGAUUUUCAAAAAUUUCAUCUUCAAGUAAUUUUAAAUAUUUAUCAAUUCAAGAAUCAUACACAAUAAAACCAAACCUAUUAAACUAAAGAAAAACAGGGUACAAUUAAACCUCUUUCUAAAUUAUAUAAUUAGCAUGCCAUUCUAUAUUAAUAGAAGACAAACUAGAAUCUCUUAUUAAAAUUUAUAUAAUCUACUAAAACAACAUCAUAACAUUUGUUAUCUAAAAAGGAAUAGCCUAAAAUUAAUGUUUGCACAAAAAGUAUGAAUGAAUAAAUACUUAUUAAGAUAACUAAAUCAAUAUUUUACCAAAAGUAAAUGAUAGCUAAAAGCAAGAAAAAGAUUAGAGAAAACAUUUAAGUGAAGCAGUUUUGAUAUAAAAAUAUCACACUACACGAUUGAUUGAAUAUUAAAAUUAAAAGACCUUUUCAAUACUCAAUAAAUUGACAAACAAUAAAUUUAAUAAAAGCAGAUAUUGCAAUCUCAAUUUUCUAUAAUAAAUCAAUAAACAAUCGAAAUUUGUCAUAUUUGUUCUAUAAAAAAUGGAGUUGUAUGGUGUUAAACAUACUUCUUCCUUUAUUGGAAAAAAUCCACCCACUUAUUAAUGUUCAUUUUUUUCAGAUCACAAAUUACUAUAUAGAAGCAAACCUGUAGAAUAUACUGAAUUUCUAGAAUCUAUUAUAGGUUUUCAUUGCUAAGAAUUUAUAUCUAUAUAUGUAGUGAUUGAAAAGAUUAAAUAAAACGAAGAAGUAAUACUUUUUUUAUUUUAUAUUUAGUUUUAAGUAGGAGAGGUUAUUUAUAUUGAAAGUUAUUCUCAUAUUACAACUACUCCCUUAAAAGAUAAUAUAAUGAUUAAGGUUAGUGAUGAAAUAGAGGGUGAAAUAAAGAAGACUAUAUCUGAUGAAUAAGUUACAAUAGGUAAACUUCAAUAUAAAGUAUUGUAAUUAUGUUAAUAAAAUAAUUAAAACAAAUUGCAAGCUCCUUAAUCUAUUUAUGCAAUUUAAAUUUAACAAUAAACUCCUCGGCCCUCAGCUAGAUAAAUAGAUGAAAAUUCAUCUUCACAAUUACAAUGA